AUGUCUUCCCGCAAGGUCCGGGUCAAGAAGCUCAGCGUCAAGACUGUCCUUCCUGUCCUCCGCGAGGACCAGAUCGACCCGUCAGAGUACGAGGCACUCACCACCGACAACCUCAUCGCCACCGGUGUCGAGCAAGCCGAGGAAAAUGAAUACCACUUGCAGACCAUCCUCAAGGAUGCGGGUACCAGCAAUGACCAGGAAAUCCCCGUCCCGCCUCCUCAGGAGAGCGACAUCGACUACGAUGCCCUCUACCCCAGCUCAUUCCACCAGCCGUCCUCCUACAUACGGUUCUCGCAGACCGUAGAGGAGUGCAUCAGCUGCCAGUAUGACAUGACCACCGAGGAUGACGAGUUCCUCAAGUCAUACAAUGGUAAAUCUCCCCAGGGGGGAGCCCUCUCCGAGGAUGACUUUGAGCGCAUCAUGGAGGUGUUCGAGGACACCGCCACGGAGCAGACACCGUUUGCUUCGGUCGACAAUACUGUUGUCGCCUAUGACAUGAUGGUGCCGGGGCUGAACCACCUUGGUUCGCCCACCAUUCUGCAGCACGCCAAGGCCAUCUAUGAGUACUGGAAGACGAGGCGGCAGGAGCUUGGAAACAAGCCCCUGCACCCGUCGCUCAAGUUCGAGAUGCACCAGGAGACUGACGACACCGACCCGUACGUCUGCUUCCGGAGACGCGAAGCCAGACAGACGAGGAAGACGCGCGCUCGCGAUAACAAGAUCGCCGAGACCCUCAAGCGCCUGCGGCGAGAGCUCGAGGACGGUCGUCAACUGGUGCUCCUUUCGUAUGAACGCGAGAUGCAGAAGCGGGAGCUGCUCCACAUGGACAGGGCUCUAUUCGAGGAGCGGGCCAGGUUGAAGCAGAUGAAGGUGAAGCUGGGCAUUAGGGACCCUGAUGAUGACCUUGUCAACCAAAAGCCGCAGAAACGCAAAGCCGCCGAACCAGCUGCUGCACAGCGGCCGCAAGGCACCCAGUUGCGGGCCCCUAAGGAGCGCGAGCUCCGGGAGGAGAUUGAGAGCAAGGUGCAAAACCACCGCAGGUGGAACCAGAAUCAUAUCGAUCUCACUCGAGAACCACUGCCGCCGGUCAAGGAACAAGGGCCAGAGCUCAAGUUCCGACCGGCAAAGACGCAGUACCUGAUGACACCGCCGGCAUCCAUCUCGUCAGAGUCCAUGGAAGUAGACGAGGACGCACCUGAGCCCAUGGCUGUGGAGAAGCGGGAGCCGCCGGUCUUCCAGUUCAAAGCCGGGUCCAUGACUGCGGAGCAGUCGCAGGCCAAUCAGCCAGCCUUCCGACGCCGCAUCGGGCGUCUGCAGCGGCUUUGGAUCGAUCGACGGGGUAUGGCGACGCCCCCGAGAGAGACGAGCGACUACUCGGACCGCUGGAAGUACGACUCGGACGAUGACGAAGUUGACCCCCCGGUGUACGAGAUCGACCCGUUCGAUACUCGUGCUCUCAAGUUCCGGGCAACGAUUCCGUUGGGCCAGUACAUGUACCGCGCGGGACGGCCCUCGAUGCCUCCUGAGGCGGCUGGUGGCGGGUCGGCGGGUAACCGAGCGCUGCCGCCCUCGCAAGCCGCCCUCGCUGCGGCCGCUGCGGCGGCAGCACAAGCGCAGGCGCAGACGGCGUCAUAG